AUGGCUGAUGAAUUUGAUCCAUUGAAACAAACAGAUAAUAAGCCACUGGAAGAAUUAUAUGCAACAAUACAAAAGAAACCAGUGCAUAAUGACGACGAUCUACUUCGUCCUGAAUAUGAAAGUGUUUUGAAAAGAAUACCUAUCCAAACACCUGUGACACCUACGGAAAAACAAUUACCACAAGAUAUUUAUCAAAAACUUGAUUUUAUAAGUAAUGCACCGAAAGCCCCAGUUCGUUCAACAAAUCCAUUUAAUGAUGAAGUUCAAAAAUCAUCAUCAUCAUCAUUAUCAUCCGCUGCAAGUCCUCCACAAUCUCCUCCACCAAAAGCAUUUACACCACCACCACCGCCAAUAACACGAGCUUCUGAAGGGCAAGCAUCAUCAUCAUAUUGGGACAAUCAGGAUGAACGUUAUCAUCAAGAUUAUGAACCAAGACCAGCACCACCACCAUAUUAUUCCGAAGAAUAUUAUGAAGAUGACUCAUCAUAUCGGAAAAAAAGAAUUUCUUCAACUAUUGAUCGUAUUAUUCAACGUUUUCCAGCUUUAGGUCUUUUCUAUAAACCAUCAACACCACCGGAGGUGUAUGAGACUGAACAAGCACAAGAAUAUGUCGAAGAAUAUGUUGAAGAUGAUCAAGUACCUCAAUUAGUCGAUGCAACAACAUUAUCACGUGAAUUAACAGCUGAUGAAUUAAGUUUGAAUGAACGUUAUUCAAAUAAAUCACGUACACAAAUAAUAAAUUUACAAGUUAAAGAUCAAACACAACCUGUUGAUGUAUCAAUUCAUCAUGAUUCAUAUACAAUAUAUUCAUGUGAUGUUGGUCGUAGUGUUGUAGAAAUAUUUGAUAUGUAUGGAAAACUUCAACAUGUUAUUGAUGAUAAUACAACAACGAAAUUUCAACCAACAGCUAUUGUUGUUGGUUUUGAUGGUACAGUAGUUGUUGCAAGUCAUUUUGGUCAUCGUCUUCAUAUGUAUUCACCGGAAAGUGAACAUGAUGAUUCGCAUGCAGAAGGAUAUAAUUUUAGACAAUAUAAAUUAGGUGCACCUGGGCAUGAUAUACAUGAAUUUCAUCAUCCAGCUGGUAUGUCUAUUGAUUAUAGUGAUGGUUAUUUAUAUAUUUGUGAUCGAGGAAAUUAUCGUAUACAAGUCCUACGACCAGAAGGUGUAUGUGAACGAGUUAUUGAUUUAUUAUUAAAUUCCGACAGUUUAGAACAAUUAUCUCCUGUGCAAUUAGCUAUUCAACAACAUGGUGAUCAAAUUGUUUGUUUAAUUGGUAAAGGUGAUGCUAUAUGUUUUAUUCCAAAAUAUACUAAUGGAGAAGUUUAUGUUGACGCAUUAUAUAUUACUGAUAAUGAUGGAUUAGGUCUUCUAGGAGCAUCUGGUAUUGCUAUCGAUCAUAAUGAUCGAAUCUUUAUUUCGGAUACAGGUCAUAAUCGUAUUGUUAUUUGUACACCUGAAGGUGGUUAUAUAACACAUUUUGGUACAGAAGGUAGUGGACCAGGUGAAUUAAAACGUCCAUGUGGUUUGGAUAUAACAGCUGAUGGAACAAUUGUUAUUGCUGAUAGUGGUAAUAAACGAUUGCAAUUAUUUGGUUCAAUUCGUGAACAAGCCGACGGAGAACCGAAGAAAUCUACAACGCAAUCACCUGAUGAUAGCAAAUUUUAA